AUGAUCUUUCCUCAACAACAUCAAGAUCAUUUACAACAUAUUCUUUGCAAACAUGAAAAUGUAUUAGAAAAAGCAGUAGAUGAAAUAUUGAACAAUAUGAAUGAAGAUGAUCAGGAUUUCCUAAAUGAUUUAUUUUUUGGAAUAUCUUCCCAGAUUUUAAAGACAAAAAAACAAAAAAAAAAUAAAAAAAUGCAGAAUAUUCCAUUAAAUCAAUGGGAUCAAUAUAAUACAAUGCCCGAGUAUCCACGUUUAGAACAUUCAAGCUCGACAUGGGGCAGUAUCGUUCCCGAUAUUGAAUGGCUGGCCAACAUAUUUGAGAUUUCCAAAAAACAAGCAGUAUCUAUUUAUCACCAAUGCUCUAUGUCUUUGCCGAAAUCCAUAUAUACUUUGUUAUCAAGUGAUAGCAUGAUAGAGCGGAUGAAUAAAUCAUUUGUUAUGUUGCAACCGGAUUACAUGAGUAAUCUAGAUCAACUGAAAAGCCAGUUCCCAUUUCUUGAGGAGUACAUGUAUGAACGAAUUCUGCUUUCUGCAAACAACGAUGUUUCAAAAGCAAGACAUAUUAUUUUAGCUAUUCACCCAGAAAAUUUUGGCAAUUCAAUACACGCAUCUGUUUCAAAGUCACAUGAAUCAAACCCAAAUACUGUUUCUCAUUUCUAUGACGCAUCUCCAUCAUGCACUGAUAAUUAUACUCUUUAUCCAGGCAUUGUUUUUGAUGAUAGAAUAUUUAUGAAGUAUAACUCAGAAGAAUGUGAAGAAAAUGUAUCAAUUUUUGUUUUUAAAAGAAAUCAUGCUUUUAAAGAGGCAGCCAAGGCCUACAAAAAAGCAAAAACACAUCGAUUUUAUGCAGACAUUGUCACUCAUUAUUCAAAAAAGGGCCGAGAAUAUGAUGCUAAAGUUAAACUGUGGACUCUAAGAGCUAAAAUGUGUACAAUGGAGCCCAUCCAUCUUUAUUCAAUUGAUCUACAUGGAUUGACAAUUCUUGAAGCUAAAUUAUUUGUCAAAGAACAUAUUGCACAAUGGUGGCAUCACCAACAAGCACUCCAUAGAAACGCACGUAAACCUGUUGAAGUUGUUACUGGUGCAGGCACUCAUAGCAAAAACGGCCGCCCAAAACUUCGGCCUGCUAUACUUCAUUUACUAAAUGCUGAUGGCUGGCUUGUCGAAGAACUUCCUGGGAAAAUUGUUGUUCAUGGACGCAAACCCAAUGCUCCUUCAUUCCCAACAUUGAACCAGUCACCUUUAAACAAACUAUCCCCCGAAAGAUCCUCUAUAAUUACUAGAUAA